GUUUGGGGUGGUAGAGUGGGACUUGGUGCGCAUCUUUCUUGUCUUUGAUGCGUUUGUGGUUGUUCUUCGUCUCUCUUCCUCCUGUUGGCCUCUUCCUCCUACAUUGGCUUUCUCGUCCUGCGAUAGCCUUCCCUCCAGUCUCGGAGUGUUUUUAGGCUCGUUCUUUGUGACCGUUGUUCACCAGUUCACUGAAUUCGACCUGUUUCUCCCAAAGGACCGACAUGACUCACGG